UAUCUCUUCAUUAGUAUUAUUCUCAGGUUGGUCUGCAUAUAUAGGUUGAGUUGUAUCAAAGACGAUAUCUUACUAAAGUUCUGGCGAUAUUCGAAUAAUUUCUGAAUAAUUAUAAGAAAUGGCAGAUCCCAAAUACGCAGAUUUACCCGGAAUUGCGUACGACCAGCUCGAUGUCUACGAGACGAGUGAUUUGCUGGAGUCUGAGCAAAUGCGAAUGUAUUGCGAGGAUGAACCUGACAGCACUUGUGUUGAACAGCUGCAUAUCAGUGCCAAAGAAGCAUUCAACAAGUUUAAAGGCAAGCAGAUUAUUGGGAAACCUGUCGAUUUCUCAGAUCGUCUAUCCAACAAGCCAAGGACAGGAUAUAGAUUUGGUGAUUGGGAACUUGUUGGUGAGAGUGAGAAAGAAACUCCUCUUCAAAAGUAUCAACGAUUGCAAUGUGAAGUUAAGGAGUUAUAUGAAGAAGUGAAUGAAUUAAAGGAAAAAUCUAAGAACGAAGAGGAAGUCAAGUCUGCAAGCGAAAUCAUUUCUCAGACACAGCAGAUAGAAAAACAAUUGAUUUCUCUGAAACUAGAAGAGUGUCUAGGGCCUGAUGUAGUUGCAAGUUUAUCAGAUCCACAAGGCACUAACUUAAAAUUAUGUUUAUGUUAUAGGCAAUUGGUAUCGCAGAUAGAACUGUUCAAACAAAGCAGCGUAUCUCCAUCUAAAUUAUCGGAAAAAAAAACAGAUGAUUCGGCUGAACCUGGUAUCCUUAAAUAUCAGAUGAUGUAUCUGCCGGAAAAAGCAAGGAUGCAGGAAGCUGCUAGGAUCGCGCAACUCGAGCAAAGACUUUGCUGCCUAGAAAGUAUCAUAGGCACAAGUAACGACAAACUUUCUAAGUUCUCUCAGAAUCUUAAAUGCCAGGGCAUUAUGGAGGCUAUGCAACAACUAGAAGCGAAAACUUCAUUGUUAGACGUUAACCAAUUAGACACUAUUGAAACAAGAUUAGGCACCUUGAUUUACCGAAUGGAUAGUAUUGCGCAGAAAAAAGCAACAACAGAACAAGAUUCAGAGCAAGAACAAAAGAUCUCGGAGAUGUAUGAAAUAAUGAAGAAAACGGAUACUAUAUCACAAAUAGUACCGCAAACAGUGGAAAGAUUAUUGGCACUGAGUGAUAUUCAUCAACAAGCUGCUGCCUUCAGUAAAUCUUUAACAAGAUUAGAAGAACUGCAAGCAGAAAUCUCCUCGGGAUUGGACAGUAACAAAUCUUUGCUAAAGGGAGUGCAGGAAAGUUUUGCCUCCAAUAUGGAAGUUAUAAAAGGCAACAUAGCGUUGCUCAACGAACGUAUCAAGAAACUUGAGUCAUCGAAAUAAAUAUUAGAUAAUAUUAAAACCAGUUAUCACAUAGCUAAAUUAAUUUCACUUAUAAAGAUUGAUUUAUACUCGAGACAUCUAUACUCUUAUCGUGCUAAAUUAUUUAUUUAAUGUGAUUUAUUCUGUAUAUAAUUUUUUUGCUUUUUUUGUAUCGCUAACAAAAAAGCUUUCAAAAUGUUGCAUAGUAUUUGAUAUCCAUAAUGUAAUUGCAGAUAAUAUGAGCCUACUAAGAUAUAGAUAUAUAAGGCAUAAAAGCAAGUAAUAUAUCUUCAUACAAAAAACAAAAUAAAACUGGAAUUUCAGUAAAAAAA